GUUCUUAUCUCUGCCUUUGAUAUCUUCACUGCUUGCUAAUCAUCGUCAGUCACGGUUGACUAGAUAUAGAAUUACUCAUUUACUGUGUUCACAAUUCGUGGGGUUAAUUUACUUAUUUGUCGGAAUUCUCGGGUUUUGAAAAUGGCUCCUACUAUUACUUUUGUCACCGGCAACGCCAACAAACUGAAAGAAGUGCAGGCAAUAAUGUCAGACAGCGUGCCGUUGACGAACAAAUCGCUUGAUCUUGACGAGCUGCAGGGCACGAUUCUCGAGGUCGCGGAGAAGAAGUGUAAGGAGGCUGCUUCUAUUGUCGAAGGUCCCGUCCUGGUCGAAGAUACCGCGCUCUCAUUCACCGCCUACGGCGGUCUCCCCGGUCCUUACAUCAAAUGGUUCAUGGAGAAAGUAGGUCACGAAGGCAUCAACAACAUGCUCGCGGCGUACGACGACAAGUCCGCGCAGGCCAUCUGUACGUUCGCGUUCACCGAGGGGCCGGGGCAGGAAGUUAAGAUUUUCCAGGGCGUUCAGGAUGGAACUAUCGUGCCGGCGCGAGGACCGGUCGGGUUUGGCUGGGAUCCAUGCUUUCUACCAAACGGAUACGACCAGACAUACGCUGAAAUGCCAAAGGCUUUGAAAAACACGAUUAGCCAUCGUUUCAAGGCUUUGAUGCUGCUCAAGGAGUUUCUCUUGGCUAGAGAGUAGGUUGGUGUAGAAUAUAGACUGGUUUUUGUGGGAGGGGAUUGUAGAUAGGUUUAUAGAAAUGGUUGUAUAUUCUUAAUUAGUUCGAUGGUUGACUCUAUUCGUCGUCUUCCUCGUCUUCUUCGUCGUCUUCUUCCUCCUCACUCCCCUCACUCUCACUCUCACUCCCACUCCCACUCCCACUCUCACUCUCACUCUCACUCUCCUCACUCCCCCCAUCCUCCCGAGUAUUAUCAAUCACCCACUGCUUCGCCCACUCGACAAUCC